UGUUUCUUUCGGUGUCCAGCCCCGAUCUCCCCGGCGUCCCCGCGGCCCCCGCCCGCCCGGCCGCCCCGGCGCCCCUCGCCCCCUCAGCGCGCGGAGAGCGCGGGCCGCGCCGCGGGGAAAGCGCGGCGGGGACGGAGGCGGCGCCGGCCCGGCCCGGCCCUCGCUUCUCCCUCGGCGGCGCCAGGCUCCCCGGCCUCCCUUCCUCAUUGCGAGCGAAGAAGCGAAAGCCGACGGUUCUCAGCGGGGGCCGCCUCCGGGCUCAGCCCGUCUCUCCCGCGCACCCGCCCCACAGUCCGGCCGGAGCGCGCGCCCCGCCGGGAUGUUCGCAGCCGGGCUGGCUCCCUUCUACGCCUCCAACCUCAGCCUCUGGUCGGCCGCUUACUGCUCUUCGGCCGGCCCGGGCGGCUGCUCCUUCGCCUUGGAUCCCGCUGCCGUCAAGAAGCCCUCCUUCUGCAUCGCAGACAUCCUGCACGCCGGCGUGGGGGAGCCAGGGGCGGCUCCGGAGGGCCUGGCGGGGGCCUCCGCCGCCGCGCUCACGGCGCACUUGGGCUCGGUUCACCCGCACGCCUCUUUCCAAGCUGCCGCCAGAUCCCCGCUUCGGCCCACUCCAGUAGUGGCGCCCUCCGAAGUCCCGGCUGGCUUCCCGCAGCGGCUGUCUCCGCUCUCGGCCGCCUACCACCACCACCACCCACAGCAGCAGCAGCAGCAGCCCCAUCAACAGCCCCCGCCUCCACCCCGGGCCGGCGCCCUGCAGCCUCCGGCUUCGGGGACGCGAGUGGUCCCGAACCCCCACCAUGGCGGCUCGGCCCCGGCCCCCUCCAGCAAAGACCUCAAAUUUGGAAUCGACCGCAUUUUAUCUGCAGAAUUUGACCCCAAAGUCAAGGAAGGCAACACGCUGAGAGAUCUCACGUCCCUGCUAACCGGUGGGCGGCCCUCGGGGGUCCACCUCCCGGGCCUGCAGCCCUCCGCCGACCAGUUCUUCGCGUCUCUGGAUCCCAUUAACGAGGCUUCUGCCAUCCUGAGUCCCUUAAGCUCGAACCCGAGAAACUCAGUUCAGCAUCAGUUCCAAGACACAUUUCCAGGUCCCUAUGCUGUGCUCACUAAGGACACCAUGCCGCAGACAUACAAGAGGAAGCGCUCAUGGUCGCGCGCUGUCUUCUCCAACCUGCAGAGGAAAGGCCUGGAGAAAAGGUUUGAGAUUCAGAAGUACGUGACCAAGCCGGACCGAAAGCAGCUGGCGGCGAUGCUGGGCCUUACUGACGCACAGGUUAAGGUGUGGUUCCAGAACCGGAGGAUGAAGUGGCGGCACUCCAAGGAGGCCCAGGCCCAAAAGGACAAGGACAAGGAGGCCGGCGAGAAGCCUUCAAGUGGAGCCGCGGCUGCGGAUGGUGAACGGGAUGAGAGGAGCCCCAGCCGCUCCGAAGGCGAGGCUGAGAGCGAGAGCAGCGACUCUGAGUCCCUGGACAUGGUCCCUAGCGACACGGAGAGGACUGAGGGGGCUGAGCGGUCUCUGCACCAAACAAUAGUUAUUAAGCCCCCGGCCACCAGCGUCCUCGUCACCGCCGGCAGUGGGGGGAGUGGUGGGAGCAGCGCCGGCGGCAGCAGUUUUAGCUUCAGCUGCGGCAGCAGCCUCAGUACCAGCAGCACGAGCGCGGGGAGCGCCAGCAGCCUCGGCGGCGGCAGCAGCGGCGGCACCUCGGAGCUGCUCCCUGCGCCCCAGCCCACAGCCAUGAGCGCUCCCAUGAGCCCUGAGCCCGCUCCAGCCCUGCCUGGCGGCUUAUAGGCUAGACUAGGGCGGAGUAGCCCUGGGCCCUGCGCGCAGCCUCCUGUCCGCGGGUGGAUUUUUUGCCUAUUUUAUUUUGGCGGCUGGGCCAGGGCCUGGGACGUAGCGGGGAGCGUCUUUCCCGAUAUUCACACGUUGCCCCUCGCCCCUCGCCCCUCGCCCAUCGACUCCCUGGCUGGCUGCAGCCGGUACGACCCAGAGCGAAGGGGACUCUGUGUCCCCUUGCCAAAGGCUCCCAUCGCCAGUCGAACACUUUUCCUUGGAUACAAGCAGCUCCGCUUGCACUGUGAAGUGUUAGAGGAAACCAUACCUCUCCGCACUUGGGAUUGUGGUGCAAA